ACUACACUAAACUUGUGCCGCCAUGGCGUCCAGCCUCCUGGCCAAACUGAAGCGCUGCGUGUCGCCGCCGUCCCUCCGCUCCUACUUCGCCGAGUUCAUCUCCACCUUCCUCUUCGUGUUCGCUGCCGUCGGCUCCGCCAUCUCCGCCCGGAUGGUGACGGCGCUCGACGGCGGCACCGCCUCCGACGCGGCGUCCCUGGUGGCCACCGCCGUGGCGCAGGCGUUCGGGCUCUUCGCGGCGGUGCUGAUCGCGGCCGACGUCUCCGGCGGGCACGCCAACCCCGCCGUCACGUUCGCCUUCGCCAUCGGCGGCCACAUCGGCGUCCCCAGCGCCAUCUUCUACUGGGCGUCGCAGAUGCUCGGCUCCACCUUCGCCUGCCUCGUCCUCCACUACAUCUCCGCCGGCCAGGCCGUGCCGACGACGAGGAUCGCGGUGGCGAUGACCGGGUUCGGCGCCGCGAUCAUCGAGGGCGUGCUCACGUUCAUGCUGGUGUACACGGUGCACGUCGCCGGCGACCUCCGCGCGGCCGCUGGCGGCAAGCGGGGGUUCGCGGACACGGCGUUGGGCGCGCUGGCCGUCGGGCUGGUGGCGGGCGCGCUCGUGCUGUCGGCGGGUCCGCUGACGGGCGCGUCCAUGAACCCGGCGCGCUCGUUCGGGCCGGCCGUCGUCAGCGGGAACUACAAGAACCAGGCCGUGUACUGGGCCGGGCCCAUGAUCGGCGCGGCCGUCGCGGCGCUGGCGCACCAGAUCCUGGCGGGGGCCCCGGACGCCGCUGCCGCCGGGUCGUCGUCGUCGUGCCACGGGAACGUGGAGACGGUGGUGGUGUGA